AUGGGCGGUUCCCCUUUCGACGGAAUUCGCUCUCAAGUCAUGUACUUCCUUCGAUUUCAGGCCACACUUGACUUUCCCCCUCGACUGCAAACGCGCACGAAAAACGAAUUUGAUGCUAACCAGUUCGACGUACCGACUUGGCUGGACGGCACGAUCAGCGGGUCGAGCUCGCACGGACUCAUGGCAGCGCCCUGGCGCAACAUGGCGGUCGCCAAGGCCGGCGACUCGACGAGCAUUGAGCAGGCGUUUCUGCGCUGUCGCUGUUGCUGGUGCUGA